UGCCCUUCGCCGCGUUCGCUCCUCCGCGCGAUCUUUCUUCUUCACGCUCCCACCACGCGCUAAAUGGCGCCCAAACUGGGACCUCGCUCUCGCGGGUGAUCUGUGGUGGACAGCGAGCUGCCGCGGCGCAAUCACACAUGCUGACGAUAUGGAUACAGUAUGGCCGCGGCACAUUGGCUCAACUCGCUCGGAUGCCUGUCGCUGUCGCUACUAUGUCUUUUUGCCACUACUCUUCAACACACAAGCGUGCGCGCGGAGCCGACGGAGGUCGCAAGCCGAGCCUCACUCGCUGAACCCGCGCCCACUAAGCUUCCAAAGUGCGACCGCACGUUCGUGAGCCGGGGCGGCGGCGUGGGCAACGGCACAUUCCACGCGCCAGAGCUCGUGAACCCCAGCAACCAGAGCCGCCAGUGCCUGUACACUUUUCUGGCGGCUGCCGGUCAGCGCGUGCUCGUCGAGUUCCGUACAUUCGAUCUGCGCGGCAAACCACCAGAUGGUGCCGCGGUGGGGGAGCUUCCAACAUGUUUUCACGAGUACAUGGACAUCUACUCGGAAAUGGCGUCUUUGGAACAAAGCGAGCUGGUGAACUCGGCGUUUGGCGGACGGUACUGCGGGCCCAUACCACCGCGGCGCCGCGUAUCGCUGCAUCGCGCCGUGGCCCUCGCCUUUUUCACCGACAAUUUUAUAAGUAAACAUGACGCCGAGCACAUUAGGGGGUCUGAGUGCGAUCAGAAGAUUCUCAGUAAAAAGGAGUCGACAGGAUACGUGUACCAUCCAAAUUAUCCUUUUCCUUAUAUACAAAAAGUUGUUUGUAGAUAUUUUAUAUAUGGUAUGCAAGAUUCACAAAAUUUGGAGCGUGUGCGGCUAGAAUUUCAGAACUUUUCAAUACCUAAAGGAGAAAAACCGAAACCUGACAGUAACUGCCCGGACGGGUACCUGAAGGUAUACCUGCGCGGGCAGGAGGCGACAGACUCAUACGACAAGCAUGACGCGGAGUUGUGCGGCGAAGGCUCCCCAGGGCCCCCCGCCUUCCCUGCACCACUGCUCUCUGAUGGACCUAGGCUCGUGAUGGUCUUUAGCUCUGGGGAAAACCAGGGUAGGGGGUUCAAGGCCAAAUACACCUUUGAGACUGAAUACCGUGUGCCAGGCACGGCGGCGCCGGGCGGCGAGUGUGCCUUCACGUACCGCAGCGAGUCGAAGAAGCGCGGGGAGUUCAACUCUCCUCGUUACCCUUCCAACUACCCCUCGCACACUAACUGCACGUACACGUUAGACGCGACUCCCAACGAACAGGUCACUGUGGUGUUCGACCACUUCAAGGUCAGGGCUGAUUCGUGGAAUGCUACUGCUGGCUUGUACGGUGGCGCGACGUGCAGCGAGGACUGGGUGGAAGCGUGGUGGACGGGGCGCGAGGGCACGCGGGUGCCGCUGGGGCGUUGGUGCGGGCUGGCCACGCCUGGCCCGCUGCAAUCGCCACGCGGUGCUCUGGGACUGCUUAUUGCGCUACAUACCGACACCGAUGCCGUCGCUUCGGGAUUCAAGGCUCGAUACGUUUUCGAGCCAGCGAAGUCCAUCUUCGGCGACUGCGGCGGCAACAUGUCGGGUGUGGAGUACGGCGUGAUAACCAGUCCACGCUGGCCCCUUCCAUACGAGCCGCCCACACGCGGCGCCGCCAGCCGCGUUUGCAACUGGUUCGUCACCGCGCGCCCCGGAAAGAGACUUUUGCUCAAUUUUGAACACUUCGCUGUUGAAGGACACCUCACCGAGCGUGGGUGUCCCGCAGCGGUGUUAAGGCUGUGGUACGAGAGCCCCGGCCCGCCGCUCGAGUUGUGUGGCGAGAAGGCGCCUUCCGACCGCUGGCAGUACCUCUCCUCAUCCAACUCGAUUAGGCUCUCGUUUAUAAUAGCGGACAAGUCCGUGGGCGCGGCGGGCUGGCGCGCCGUGUGGACGGAGGUGACGGUGCCCGAGGGCGGCGCGUGCCCGCCGCUGGGCGCGGGCGCGCCGGGCGACUGCGCCGGCGCCUGCCUGCCGCCCGCCGCCGCCUGCACCGGCCUGCCGCACUGCGCGCACCACCGCCCCGCCAAGUACCCGCACUGCGGUGCGGGGGAGCGCGGGGGGUGCGCGCGCGUCGCUCCCGCCCUCGCGCUCGCUCUGGCGCUAGCGCUCGCCGCCCCGCACUGACCGGGCGCUGCACACGCUCUGGAGAGGCGGUGGUGGCACCGAGCUACACGUGGAUUUGGUCGUGGGUGGCUGCCGGGUGCACUGGAGUCACUUUACUGGCGUGUGUGCUGUGGCGGCGGCGGCGGAGACGCAGAGGCCGGAGGCAUCCGCCGCCGCCGCCACGCCCGCCGCCGCGCUGCGCUGCUGCGCGUCUGGCUGUGCCUCCGCAGGACACCGUAUGACGACAAGCCGGCGCGUGCGCGAGCGCCGCCCCACACACGAUCUUACACAAAUACACCACUUUAACGUAUUACUGUUUUUUAUUUACGGUCCUCUAUUCUAGACGAAAACAGAAAUGUUAAUCCGGUCUAAACACACCAUCCUAUAUUU